GACACGUAAUCAAUCCUGCUGCUGUGAUUGGCUGAGAAGGCGGAUAUUAAUAUGUAGGACAAAGGUUGCGGUGGGCCAGUUUGUUUAUGCGACUUGUGCAGUACUAACACAACAAUGCUGCUCAACAAGGUUCUCAAAGCCAGUGUACGGUCUGGGAUCCGGCUGCAGAGCUCCAGUGCUGCUGCUGCUGCAUCCAGUGUUGCAGGAUCCCACAGCACAGCUUCCCUUGGCUACUCAUUUGAGCUGACGGAUCAGCAAAAGGAGUUCCAACAGCUGGCGAGGAAGUAUGCACGUGAAGAGAUCAUCCCUGCAGCAGCUGCUUAUGACCGGAGUGGUGAAUAUCCUGUCCCCAUCAUCAAGAAGGCAUGGGAGCUUGGUCUAAUGAACAGCCACAUUCCACAAGAAUAUGGUGGAAUGGGCUUGUCCAUCUUUGACAGCUGUCUUAUCACAGAAGAGUUGGCUUAUGGCUGCACAGGAGUCCAGACUGCUAUCGAGGCAAACUCUCUGGGACAAAUGCCUGUUAUUAUAGCCGGCAGUGACACACAGAAGAGGAAAUACCUGGGAAGGAUGACUGAGGAGCCUCUUAUGUGUGCGUACUGUGUGACCGAGCCCGGCGCGGGCUCUGAUGUGGCCGGCCUCAAGACCCGGGCUGUGAGGAUGGGUGAUGAGUAUGUUGUUAAUGGGCAGAAGAUGUGGAUCACCAAUGGUGGGAAAGCUAACUGGUACUUCCUCCUGGCCCGCACUAACGCAGAUCCUAAAUGUCCAGCCAGCAAGGCUUUUACUGGCUUCAUUGUGGAUGCUGACACUCCAGGAAUUCAAAUAGGAAGGAAGGAGAUGAACAUGGGCCAGAGGUGCUCUGAUACCAGAGGCAUCACCUUUGAGGAUGUGAGAAUCCCAAAGGAGAACGUCCUGAUCGCAGAGGGAUCUGGCUUCAAAAUUGCCAUGGGUGCCUUUGACAACACUCGUCCACCAGUGGCAGCAGGAGCAACAGGCCUGGCACAGAGAGCUCUUGAUGAAGCUACCAAUUAUGCACUUGAGAGGAAGACCUUUGGCAAAGUUAUUGCCGAGCACCAGGCAGUGUCCUUCCUCCUAGCUGAGAUGGCGAUGAAAGUGGAGCUGGCCAGGAUGGCAUACCAGCGGUCUGCCUGGGAAGUGGACCAGGGCCGCAAAAACACCUACUACGCCUCCAUCGCCAAGGCCUUCGCUGGAGACAUCGCCAAUCAGGUGGCCACUGAUGCUGUUCAGAUAUUUGGAGGUAACGGCUUCAACAGCGAAUACCCGGUGGAGAAGCUGAUGAGAGAUGCCAAGAUCUACCAGAUCUACGAGGGCACUGCUCAAAUCCAAAGACUCAUUAUUGCCCGAGAACACCUGGGAAGAUAUAAGAAAUGAACUCUGCACGCCUGACUUGUCCUCCUUCAAAUGUACUUUUGUUGUAACUUUUCUACACAUAUACAUGUGUUCCUGGGAAUAUAUCUGCUUGCUUGUAUUCAGGAUACAUUUGCAGAAUGUUGUUUGCCUUAACAGCACUUCAUCCUCCCUUUUUAGAUUUUUUUUUUUUUUAACUGAUCCAGACCCUGAAUUGGUAGACAUAGUCUACCUUUCUCAUCAGAGAACAUCAGAACCUGUGAGCAAAACCGGUCCCAUUUUUAAAAGGGUUUUUCCGAAUGCAGCUCAGAACUGUGGCCUUAUUUUGUGACUUGAAGCGUUGAGGAUCACAACAUUUAGGCAAAAGAUCCUAUGACCAUGUCCUGUCGGGCUGCAGCCUCUGUAGGUUGUAAAUAACUGCAGCCAGGCACAAACAGUGCUGCUUUUAAAUGCAGUCUGGGCUUUAAACUGUAAAGUUGUUUAUCUGGUAAAACAGUGUCUGUCUCAGGGCAACUUGAUGAACUUGGACAUAUUCUACUUUAUAAGUUGACAAGCGCAGUCCAAACAUGCAUUGUUUUUUUGUUUAUUCUCAUAGGCAAUAAAAGCAUGCAAAAUCAAAGGUUCUUUUUCUCAAAAUGUCCAACUGAUGCCUUGUUUUACCUUUUUGACAUGCUGGCUUUCCCUAUUGAUCUUCUGCACCAAUUCUUCAGAUCUUUCGCACAGCAGAACCAAUUUUAAUCUUGAUCUGUAGAAAUCCAUUUCUCACCAAAAUGUGUUAGAAACUGAGAAAUUUGUGUCUGAUUUAACAACUUUAAAAAUGCAUGUCUGAAAAUGGUUUUAUGUCUGAUUUAGAUAUUAUGUCCUUAAAGUUUUUCGUUACUCUCCAAUGGAGAGAACCUCUGCAGAAAGUAUGGAUGUAAUAUGUUCUGUGGUUCAGUUGUUACUGUUAACACAUCACUUUUUGACAAUGACAUAAAUGUGAAUUCAUCAGAA